UGGAAAAAAUAGACUCAGUAAGAAAGAAAGAUUAGACUAUAAAUCGUUGCUUUGCACUUCAUUCAUUAUAUAAUUGAUCUUCAGAAGUUAUAUCACAGAAUGCAGUAAUCUUGUGAGAUCUGAUAUCAUCAUCACUGUCUAAGAAGUAACAGGCUUAAAGACUAUAAAAUGGAAGGAAGUGUCUCUUUAAGAAAAUUGCUGGAAUUUGAGGAAGCGCCAUCAAAGACGUGUGAUAAUAACACCCAAGAAACCCCCAUUGACAAUACUAUGGGGUGCAAUUUUCUCAGUUUGAGCCUGAAUAUAUCAGAAAAAGAUCUCCAAAAUCAAGAGAAGCCAUUGACCAACGUCGGUUCGCUGAGAAUUAAGCUAGAGGAAGCAAAGAAAGAGAAUCAGAAUUUAAGAGCUAUGCUAAACCAGAUUACUGAACAUUACACUUCUCUUCAGAAUCUCCUUCUGGCUUUGCAGAAGGAGCAGAAGCAGCGAUCAUCACCACCACCUCCAAAUUAUCAAGAUUUUCUGAAGCAGAAUAGAGCAGAUCAUGUCAUGGUGAUGGAGAAAUCAGCUUUGCCACUUGAGGGUGAUCAUCAUAUGAGUAGCCAAGUAACACUGGAAGGAGCAAAAAGAACAACAGAUCAAACAUUUGAGGCAUCUUGCAGGAAGGCUAGAGUUUCCAUAAGGGCACAUUCAGAUUUUUCUCGGAUAGGUGAUGGGUGUCAAUGGAGAAAGUAUGGGCAAAAGACAGCUAAGAAUAACCCUAGUCCCCGAGCUUAUUACCGUUGCAGCAUGGGAAAUGCAUGUCCCGUUCGUAAGCAGUUCAUAUUGUUACAGGUUCAAAGGUGUGCUAAGGAUGAUACUGUAUUCAUUAACACUUAUGAAGGGAGCCAUAAUCAUCCACUACCUCGAGCAGCUAGACCCAUGGCAAGUAUGACAUCAGCAGCAUUGAGCAUGCUACUUUCAGGCUCAACAACUAGUCCUGCACAUAAUUCAGGUCUCUUCCCCUUAUUAUCUGACUUGGCUUCCUUCUCUGCAUCUUCAUCAUGUCCUACAAUGACACUGGACUUGGCCAUCCCCUCUAAGAACAACUCUAUGAACUUGCGAUGGCCUACCUCAUCACUGAACCAGUGCGAACCAUUUCCUUUCUCAUUGCAUGGCUCUGCUCAACAAUCUGAGAGACUGAAAUUGUUUCAUAAGCCUCUGACCACAAUGGCGCCUGUGAAAAAUCUUUACUUGGAGAAUUUAGUUGGCACGGCUAUAGCCGAAGAUCCUUCUUUCAAAGAAGCAUUUGUUACAGCAAUAUCUUCAUUCACUGGAGCAACUCAAAAUCUUAACGGCCACAAUGAACUAAGUAAAAGUGGGCAUGGCCCUUCUUCUAAGAUACCCUCACCGCUGCAUCAGUCCUGCACCACUGGAUUGAUUUGAGCUGACCCUAGCAGCCAAGGAAUUAGUCAAUUCAAAAGCAUGUCUGGGCUUGCAUGCUUGAAGGAGAAAUGGACACGCAAGAUAUGUCGUAGGAGUUUUUUAUAAGAGAUCUUAACUUUUCUUAUUCAUAGAACCACUGGUUUUUGUACUGUCUGUAAUAAAAAUUCUAGAGCAAACCUUCGAUUCUAGACUUCACGUACAAGCCAUACACAAAAGUUCUUGAAGGCAAUUAGGAAAGGUUCUUUAUUUUUCACUUAAAUAGAUGAAUCUUGUUUGUAAACUAGGAAGGAAUUCGUUCUUAGAAUGAUUUUGAGAAUCA